AUGUUGUCCCUGCUAUUCUUCUUCCUGAUUUCACAACUGCCAUUUUCUAUGGGUAAGGAGAAAGGGACCCUCUGCUGCCUAGAAAGAACUUUCAGCCACACAUACUACAGAGAUGGUGACCUUAUUAUUGGAGGAUUUUUUCCUUUAGUUCUUCAUAAAGUGCACAAAUUUCCACAUUGGAAAAGGUUUUCCAUUCAUCCUCAACGCAAUAUGGAAGACUGUCAGUGGCUGAUCAAACACUAUUAUCAAGUCCUGGCAUUAAUGUUUGCUAUAGAAGAGAUCAACAGGAACCUCAAUCUGUUACCCAAUAUUACUUUGGGAUUCCACAUCUACAAUGCCUAUCCCAAUGAUGAAAGAACCUUGGAGAGUUCCCUCAUGUGGCUCUCAGGCCAGGGCCAGACCACUCCAAAUUACAGCUGCGAGAAAAGGAAGUCUGUGGUGGUCAUUGGAGGAGCCACUUCUGAUUUAACUGUCUCCAUGGGAAGCCUACUGGAGCUCUAUAAAUUCCCACAGAUCACCUAUGGUCUCUUUGAUCCACUCCUAAGUGACCCACUUCAGUUUCCUUCUGUUUAUCAGAUGGCCCCCACAGACACCUAUCUUAUAUGUGGUAUGGUCCGAUUAAUGCUGCAUUUCAAAUGGAACUGGGUUGGUCUUGUUACCUCAGAUGAUUCAAGAAGUGAAAAAUUCCUGAGAGAUCUUCAAGAAGAAAUGACCAGAAAUGAUGUCUGUGUGGCCUUUACAGAAAAGAUCAUCUCUGGUCAGAAAGGGGAUAUUGACGUUUAUAACUACUUUAUAAUCAACAUAUUAAUGUCAACAGCCAAGGUGAUUGUCAUUUAUGGAAAUACAAAUUCACUCUUAAGCUGGAUGUUUACCAAGAUUCCUCAUGUCAUUGUAACAAGAGUGUGGAUCACCAGCAGUCACUGGGAUAUUGCCAAAAAACCCAGUUAUAUCUAUUUCAAUAAUUUCCAUGGAGCUCUGAUAUUUUCAGACCAGACAAGCAAGAUUCCUGGAUUCAAACAUUUUCUAAAAACCAUCCACCCAACCAAAUAUCCAGAGGAUACCUUUCUUAAAAAUUUCUGGGAAACAGCAUUUGGGUGUACAUAUAAACAUGGAGAGGGAGAUGAAGGGGUCUGCUCACCAAAUGCUUCUUUGGACACACUACGUUUGAGCUAUUUAGACAUCAAUAUGUCUGACCAGAGUUACACUGUCUACACUGCUGUGUAUGCUGUGGCCUGGGCCCUUCAUAAAAUGUUCUUGGUGAGAUCAGAAAUGGAAUCCGAUAUAGAUGGAGACAAGAGAGUUUUUCACCCUUGGAAGCUCCAUUCCUUUCUGAAGAACAUCCAUUUCAACAAUAGUGCUGGAAAGCAGGUGGUCCUGGAUAAGAAGAGGAACUCAGUGGCAAACUAUGAUAUUCUCAACUAUGUGACCUUUGGUAAUGAUACCGAAAUCUUGGUGAAAGUGGGAGAGUUUAAUCCUCAGGCUACCAAUGGUGAAAAUUUCACCAUCCAAGAGAAGGCUGUACUGUGGGGCACAGGGAAGAGAAAGCCUCCUCAGUCGAGAUGCAGUAAGUGUGGUCCAGGAUUUCAGAAGAAAUCCCAAGAAGGAAAGCCUGUCUGCUGUUUUGACUGUGUACCCUGCCCAGAGGGGCACAUUUCCUCCAAGACAGAUGCAGAUCGAUGUGUGAAAUGCCCUGAAGAUCAAUAUUCCAAUAAGAAGAGAAAUCAGUGCCUCCCGAAAGUGGUGAUCUUCCUGGCCUAUGAAGAGCCCCUGGGGAUGGCUUUGGCUUCCAUAGCUGCUUGCUUGUCUCUCUUCACAGCUCUGGUUCUUUGGGUCUUUGUGAGGCACAAAAACACUCCUAUAGUUAAAGCCAAUAACCGGGAUCUCAGCUACAUCCUCCUCAUCUCCCUUAUCUUUUGCUUCCUCUGCUCAUUGCUCUUCAUCGGUCGCCCAAAUGCAAUGAAUUGCCUUCUACGACAAACAACAUUUGGAGUCAUGUUCACAGUGGCCGUCUCCUCGGUUUUGGCCAAAACGAUCAUUGUAGUUUUGGCUUUCAGAGCCACCAGACCAGGCAGCAGGGGCAGGAAAUGGAUGGGAUCCAGAGCCCCCAUUUCUGUUGUUCUUUUUUGCACCUUGAUUCAGGUUCUGCUCUGUGCAAUCUGGCUGCUGCUCUCUCCCCCAUUCCCAGAAACAGACACACACUCUGACUGUGAGCACAUCCUCCUGGUGUGUAAUGAGGGCUCUUUCAUUGCCUUCUACUUUGUUCUGAGCUACAUGGGAGUCCUGGCCCUAGGGAGCUUCACUGUGGCUUUUCUAGCUAGAAAUCUCCCUGACACUUUCAAUGAAGCCAAAUUCAUCACCUUCAGCAUGUUGGUGUUCUGCAGUGUCUGGGUCUCCUUCCUCCCCACGUACCAGAGCACCAAGGGAAAGAUGAUGGCAGCCGUGGAGAUCUUCUGCAUCUUAAGCUCCAGUACUGGCUUGCUAGGCUGCAUCUUCAUCCCCAAAUGCUAUGUGAUCCUUCUGCAGCCCCACAGGAACAUCAGGAAAACUUUAAAUGAUAAUUUGGGUUCCUGAAUCAAGAAUCAUCUUGAAAUGUUCUGUAUGUUUCACUAAU